AUGUCGAAUUUGAUGCACAAGGUCAAGGAUGCUCUCACUGGUCACAAUGACCACAAGGGAUCAUCCUAUGACUCGUCAAACCAGAAUAUUGAAAACAACCAUGGCCAGUACAACUCGUCUACCAUGGGCUCCGAGAAUCGUGAUACAUAUAGUACCAAUACCCAAGAUAGGAGUACUCAUAACCCCAGAAUGAGUAAGGACAACACCAUGAACACUAGUGCAAGUGCCACUGGGAAUACUGGGAAUACUGGGGACUACGGCUCUAGCGGAUAUGGUGCUGGUGGCUUCAACGACUCUAAGAAAAUUGACUUGAGAAAUACGAUGGGCUCGAACACGAUGGGCACUACAGCAAACCAUGGAUCUGGUAGCUAUGAGAGUGGCACUAAUCGCAAUUCGAGUGGGAUGGAUACCAUGCGAGACACUGCCAAUACGUAUGGCUCGGGUACUAUGGGCACUACUGGUGCUAUUAGUAGUCACGAUACCAGUAGUCCUGAUACUGGAGCCUAUCGUGAUUACACGAAAGAUACGAGCGAUUUUGCCUCAUCCGAUAGACCUUCCGGGGGCUAUGAUUCGGGCAUGGGGAUUGGAAACUCCAAGACUGAUUCCACGACUUAUAAAUCGAGCUACGCUGGAGGGUACGGUUCUAACGAACUGAAUACUGGUCAAAUGGGUGCUUCCACCUCGGAGUAUGGAGCUUCCGGUAUGGGUGAUAGGGCCGAUGACACCAACCUCGGCGGUAGCCACGGCUACAACACUCGCAGUAAUGCGGGCUCCAAUAUGACCAACCAGAUGGAGAGUCGCGGCGAAUCUGAGCUCAAUAGCCGUGCCGAACAGCAGGGAUUCGGUGGCACUGCCGCCGCCGGGGGCAGCUCGAAUACCCAGAGAAGAUCUUCCGGUCCACACAGCUCUAACCUUCUAAACAAGUUGGAUCCCCGUGUGAGAAGUUCUGAUUAUGAGAAUAAAACUGCUAGUGGUCAACAGCGUGGAUGGUAA